GUGGGAGGGAGGCUUAGAUGCUGCCUGCUGCUCAUGCCUCAGGCAAAUCCGGAGUUUUCGGUUUGGAUUAAUCUCCCUGAGAGGGUUGGGGGUAGCCUCCUCUGCUUCUCACUGCGAGCCAGGAGAGUGAGCUGCAGGGAGCGUCAGCAGACAGCAACUUGUGUCCCAGCCUUCUCAGCUUCCACUCAGCCUGAGCCGAACGGCGGCUCUCCGGCAUGUGCCUGUGCCUGUGUCUGUCUCUGUCUGAGUGUGCCUGCCUGUGUUUCUGUGUGCCUGUGUCUCUGUCUGAGUGUGCCUGUGUCUGUGUGUCUGCCUGUGUUUCUGAGUGUGCCUGUGUCUCUGUCUGAGUGUGCCUGUGUCUGAGUGUGUCUGCCUGUGUUUCUGAGUGUGUCUGCCUGUGUUUCUGAGUGUGCCUCUGUCUGAGUGUGCCUGCCUGUGUUUCUGAGUGUGCCUGUGUUUCUGAGUGUGCCUGUGCCUCUGUCUGAGUGUGCCUGCCUGUGUUUCUGAGUGUGCCUGUGUUUCUGAGUGUGCCUGUGCCUCUGUCUGAGUGUGCCUGCCUGUGUUUCUGAGUGUGCCUGUGUCUCUGUCUGAGUGUGCCUGUGUCUGAGUGUGUCUGCCUGUGUUUCUGAGUGUGCCUGUGUCUCUGUCUGAGUGUGCCUGUGUCUGAGUGUGUCUGCCUGUGUUUCUGAGUGUGUCUGCCUGUGUUUCUGAGUGUGCCUCUGUCUGAGUGUGCCUGCCUGUGUUUCUGAGUGUGCCUGUGUCUCUGUCUGAGUGUGCCUGUGUCUGAGUGUGUCUGCCUGUGUUUCUGAGUGUGCCUGUGUCUGAGUGUGUCUGCCUGUGUUUCUGAGUGUGCCUCUGUCUGAGUGUGCCUGCCUGUGUUUCUGAGUGUGCCUGAGUCUCUGUCUGAGUGUGCCUGUGUCUGAGUGUGUCUGCCUGUGUUUCUGAGUGUGCCUGUGUCCCUGUCUGAGUGUGCCUGUGCGUGUGUAUCUGCCACCCUGUCUCUGAGUGUGCCUGAGUGUACAGGAAUUGAAUGCACCAGUCAGUGCUUGUCGCCACCAGACACUCUGUGUUUGGGUUGGGGUGCGCCAGAGGAAGUGGUGAGAUUGGGUUUUUGGACGGGGUGAGGGUUGCUAGUGACUGACAGGGGGGUCGGGGGAGGAGGACUGAGCUGGAGGGGGUGUCAAAUUCUUCUCCCCUAUAAAGCCCACCCUCUCCCCUGCCCUGAGCCCCAUGUCUCUGCCGCCUGGAUACACCUUGGUCAUCAUCCCUGUGCCAAGCCGCCCAGAAGCAACUGCAUUUUUCCUGUGGCUGAAGCGCAUGAAGGAGCUGGAGCGGCAGCGCGAUGCCCUGUGGUACGGCCUGGGUAUGGUGGAGCAGGCACAAGACUGGUACAACCAGGAGAUCCAGAGCAUCCAGCAGCGACUAAGGCACAGUGGCGAGGCUCCCCGAGAGAGAGCCUCCUCGUCUCUUGUGAACCGUCCAUCCCUCCUUCAGGACAAGAUCCAGCACAUUAACUGGUGCCUCAGUGACUUCAUCUCCAGUGCAGACAGGAUGUUUCUGCCUCACUGCCAGACGGAACAGCCUGACCUAGAACAUCUGCCCAGAGCAAACGUCAGGAGGUCCCAGCAACAGAAUCUGGAAGCACUGAAACGGCAGAACUAUUGGCUGACUAAGGAAGUGUCGAAGAAAAGCCAGUGGAUCACCCAGCUGGAGCAGGAGAAGGCAGUGCUCAUUAAGCAGCUACUGGAAGCUCAGCUUGAAGGUUACACCCAGCCUGGGUGCGACAGCUCCACCUUUGUCUAGACUCACCAAAGCUUCAGUCAAUAACAACACCUCACUACCUGGGAGCCAGGAGGGCCCUGGAUCUUCCCUGCAUCAGGCCCAACACAGAGCUGCACUAUCAAUUACUGAAGAAUCAUAGGACAGUUACAACACAGAAGGGCAUUGGUGAUGGAGAUUAAGGUUAGAGGCCACGCGAUUGAGGUGGGAGUCUGGACAGAAUAGAUUAGGAGAAACUGCUUGAGAACCAGCAGGCACAGAGUUCAGGGGAAUGGCAAAAGGGAGAAAUGCGGCCAGUGGCUGGGAUCUGGAUAUGGGCAUGCAAAGGAGGUAAUUUGGAUCCUGCCCUUGGCAGACAAUGAGCCACACGAAAUGGGGGGUGUGGCGCGAAGUUGCACAGAAAAGGCAGGAGAGGGGAAUGGGCCCGACAGGUUGCCCUCACUUGGGGCCAGCAUGGGCACAAUGGGCCAAAAGGCUUCCUGCCUUACGUAGCCAUUGUAUGAUUCGAAGAGCAGUGAUCCGGAAUAUCUCCAUCCAGUUUCCUCUCGGUCAUCUCAUUCCCGGGAAUGAGGGUCCCAUCUGGGGCAGAGUGUAGGUGGAUAGUUCCCAGAAACACACCCCGAAUGGGAUGAUGCCACGCCCCCACCCCUACAAAACAGCCAGAAAACAUUUUGUUGUGGAACAUGCCCAGCACCUCAGGGUGGGGGUGACUGAGAUGCUUGGUCAGAGAGAGUCUGUUUAUGGGAGGAAGGAGAAGCAGAGGGCUCAGGAAAGGGAACUGGGGGUGGGGGGGCAGGUUUCGAGGGGCCCGGGCACAGUCGCGAUGGCUGGCAAGAAGGCUCCGAAGGAUGUGCUGGAGUCAGGGAUGUGAGGGGGACAGCAGAGUUUGCAGACGCUUACAGGGUCUGAGAAAGUCACGGAGGAAAAAGAGAAUUUGGUGGGGGUGGGCGCAGUUCUCACUGCAAACUCCCAAACAAGUUGCUGACAGGAGCUGCCCUCAGGAGGGACAUCCUGCCCAUCAUCACUAACGGGCAUCCUGAAUCAGAGGGAAGAGUUCCUCACACAGCAUCACGCCCAGCCACCCCUAAAGCCAACACCCUCACUCCACCCCUAACACCCCCACCCCAACCCAAAUCCAAACCCAACCACUCCAACACCCCAACACCUCCACCCCAACACCCCACGCCAACCCCAACCACCCCAUGC